AUGGGUGAUACGAAUGGGCGAGUGAUCGCUGGUGGUAAUGGCUCAGGAAAUCAAUUGGAUCAACUGAAUGAUCCAACUGAUGUGUUGAUCGACAAAGAGACAAAUAGUCUCAUUAUUUGUGAUCGAGGGAAUCGACGAGUCGUACGUUGGUCUCGUCGUAGUAGCACUACUCAAGGAGAAAUCCUCAUCGAUGAGAUCGGUUGUUUUGGAGCGACCUUGGAUGAUCAGAAAUAUCUUUAUAUCUGUAACGAAGAAGAACAUGAAGUAAGACGAUAUCAAAUAGGAGAUCAGAAAGGAACUCUCGUCGCUGGUGGUCAUGGCCGAGGUGCUGCUCUCAAUCAACUCAACAAACCGAGAUACUUGUUUGUCGAUCAGCAACAAACUGUCUAUGUGUCAGACACCAGGAAUCAUCGUGUGGUGAAAUGGAAUAAAGGUGCAAAAGAAGGCAUUGUCGUCGCUGGUAGUCAAGGCAAAGGAAAGGCUUCCACACAACUCUGGCACCCUCAAGGACUGUUCGUCGAUACUGUGGGUACACUCUACGUAGCAGACGCGUACAAUCAUCGAGUGAUGCGUUGGUCUAAUGAAGAACAAAGGGGAACUGUUAUUGCAGGUGUAAAUCAAAAAGGAGAAGGAGCAAAUCAGUUCAACUGGCCCAUGGAUUUGUCCUUCGAUCCAGAUGGCAAUCUCUAUGUCGCCGAUCACUACAAUAAUCGUGUUCAACGUUUUUCGAUCAAAUAG